AUGGAACCGCCUUCCUACCCGUGCGACCACUGCGGACAUGACACGCGUCGACUCCUUCUCUGCGGAACUUGCGAGAACGUGUCGUACUGUGGACGUGCAUGUCAACGUGCGGAAUGGCCGAAACACAAAGCGUACUGCCGCACUCGCGGACAGCAGCAUCUUCGUCUUGCACGAAAUGCCAUGAAUCAAACUUCUCCAUCCUGGCGACUGCAUCGUGUGGGUGAAUACUUGGACGGAGUUGAAGUGACGGACACCCAUACACCCCUCGGCAAGGUCCUUCGCGCCACCCGACCUUUCUCUGUCGGGGACCUCGUGCUCGCCGAAAUGCCAUUGCUUGUAUGUCCCAACAAAACCGACUACUGUUUUCUUGCCGCGUACGUCCAUGCCGACGCAGCAACGCGCGCCGCUGUCCUGGAACUGUACCAUCCGCCGCUCGAUUCCCCUGAGGCUCUUACUUUCGUUAAUUUGGCUGAAACGAUGUGUACACGCGCCCGAGUAUGGGGCGGUGAGAUGUCUCCGUCCUUGGCGGCGCACUUGUUGUUGAUCUCGCAAGUUAAUGCACACGCGUUCCGCGCAGCCGACCCAGGCAUAGGCGACACCGUGAUGUCAGCACUCCACCCCAACCAGUCCGACGAUCUCCCCCCCUCCGCCGUGUUUCGAGUUGCAUCCAAGGCCCAGAAUUCGUGCUCCCCUAAUGUUCACUACAGCAGUACGUCGGGUCGACUGGAGUAA